AUGGUAGAAUCGAUUGAGGAUAAACUAACAGUUUGGUCUUGGACAUGGGAAACAAGGGGAGGGAAGAAGAAUCACUCCUUUGGUAUUCACGUUGGUGCAAUUGUUCUAUACACCUAUGUUUAUCAGAUGCUUGAACCCCCUCCUGAAGGUACCUUCGACAUUGAGGACAGAAAUCUUCCCAUCAAGUACACUGCUAAGGAUAGCACGCCAGUGGAAACUCCUUUGCUUACGGAAGAGGUUGUACCAACAGAUUCAGAGGCUCCAAAGAAAGGAAAGGAAUUACAUAUUGGGGGUGAUCCUUCACGUGUAUCCCAUUGCCUGGUUGGGAUUUUGGUUUACCAGUGUCAAACCACUGCUUUAGGAUAUGGCAAAGUUUAUGCUUCAUUAUCUGCUGACAUCCAUGAAGACCUUUACCAGCUCAUCAAAUAUUCCUGUGGUGAAAUUUGUACAAGUGAACAGCUGUAUAAAGUUAUGAAGAUUUGGACAACCUUCCUGCAACCGAUUAUUGGGGUUCCUUGUCGGCCUCAGGGGGCAGAGGACACAGAAGAUGUUGUAAAGGCUAAAAAUCAAAUUUCACAAAGUGGUGCAGCUAGUGUUGGAGAAAGUAAUGGCAGUCCAGUUGGUGGUGCAACUGUCAUUACUACCAAGGAUUCAAAUCCUUCCAAAAAUGGAGAUGAAAGUAAUCCACCUGAGCAAUUAAGUUCCUGUCAAGCUGGGUUGGUAACUAGUGGUAAUGGGAUGAAGGAAGAUGGUCUUCAGGACUGCUUCCAGUCAGUCUUUUGGUUUUAUUUUUCUCACAUUGAUGGCUGGGAUGCUGAGAUGCACUUUUUAUUGCUAGGGCUUGGUGCUACUCCUACGAGACAUGGCAAUGCUACUGUUGAGGGUGUGGCUGAAAUGGGUCCAAUUGAUGAAAUUUUACCUUCAUUGGAGGGUGGUUGUACAAGGCCAGUUUCAUCUUCAAAUGAGGUGAUUGGGCACUUCAAAAUUGAAAGAGAGGAGGGUGAAUUAUCUCCAAAUGGAGAUUUUGAGGAUAAUUUUGCAGCAUAUGGAGAUGGUGAGGUGGAGGCUGCAUGUAAAUCCAAGGAUAAU